UGUUCGUUCGCCAAAAACUACACAUGUAGUCGGUACGCAAAAAAUGAUGCAAGACGCCGAAAGUGUCAAGCAACUUCCAGGUGCAGUUUCCGAAUGUGAGGGGAACAUUCAAGCAAAGGAUUAUGUUCAUUUUUAAUUAAUAAGGAACGCAGAAAAACAUGAUUACCAUAUGCAAGAUUGUGUGACACUGAACAAUGACUGUGUAAUUGCUGCAUUGAAAAACAGGACAGACAUUAAGAAUAGGACGGGACCUACUGUAUUUCUCAGAGUACAUUGACUACUCUGUUGAUUUCUGUCAUGGAUAGAAGAUGCUACAGUUGUGCUACAAAGUUUUCCAUCUUCAAAAAAGAAUGUGGAUGUAAAAAUUGUGGCCGAUGUUUUUGUUCUGGCUGUGUGAGCCACAGUGCAGUGGUACCUCGCUUUGGAAGUGCCCAGAAAGUUUGCCGGAAAUGCUUUGAGGAUCUGACCAGUGGCUGCUCUCAGAAGAACAAUCCAGCUAAGUGGUCUCCACCAGAGAAUUACAAAAAGCGUGUGGCUGCUUUAGAGGCCAAACAAAACAAACCAGUUAUUCCACAGCAAAGAUCUGUAGGUGAAUUUUCCCAACGUGAUGAUAAAUACCAAGGACUUUCUGCUGCAGACCGUGCUAUUGCUGAGAGAUUGGAGAAGCUGAAACAGGAAACCAGACCUAAAUCUGUUCCAUCACAGAAAGAAAUUGAACGCAGACUUGCAGCUCUACAAGCAGACCCAGUCCACCCUGUGCCUUCUGAUCAGGACAUGGAAGAUCGGUUAGCUGCGCUACAAGGCCGCAGACCUCCAUCACAGAACCCAAGACCAGCAUUCCAGGCUGCUGACAACAGAUCACAGACAGAGCAGGCAGAUGAUUUGCUUAAACAACUGGCUGAAGAAACUGCAUUAGAUCAGAAUUAUGAAGCAGGAGCAGAGGCACAAGUAGGUACUGACGUUUGCCUAAAUGACUUGAGUAGAGGCUUAGAUUCCUGUGAAAAACUUCAGGGUGAAGAUGAAAACGAGAGGGUGAGGUACAUUGAGGAUGAGAAGAAGAAGCUACUGGAAGAGGCUGCAAUUGAACUGAAAGAGGAUAACAUUCGGCAGGAGCAGUUGUUGAACAUUUUAAAGAGGUUGGCUGUUCUGAAGGGAGAAGACCCAGAGAAAGUCACUCUCGAUGGCUACACACUACCAGAUAGUGAUGAUGAAAAUGAGGAGGAAGCCAUCCAGAGAAUUCUGAAGCAGCUGUCAGAUGAAGCUUUCUUAGAUGAGGCUUCUGGCUUCAACAUUCCACCCAAAUCUGCAGAUCAACCCAAACAAUCCCAUUCAGCUAGGAGAAAGGUAACUUCAGGAGUCCCUCCUGUGGCAAAAACCAAGGACCCCACUGCUCCCUGCCCAUCUGGGAGAGCAAUGAAAGCAGACAGUGAUGAUGAGGAGCUGCCUUGGUGUUGUAUUUGCAAUAAUGAUGCCACACUACGUUGUCAUGGUUGUGAUGGAGACUUGUACUGUCAGCGAUGCUUCAGGGAAGGACAUGAUAAAUUUGACAGGCAGGAGCAUCGUACAUCUAGUUAUCGUGCACCCUCCAAACUCAAGUAAAGGACUUCAGCAGAGGUGAUUAUUGAACCAUGUAGAAGGAGUUGCACCAGAGGAAUGUGGCUACAGUAGCAAACAUAAAGCUACCAAGAUACUUCCAUGAAUGAAGUCAAUGACUGGAUCAGGACAUGCAUAUGUAACAUGACUAAUACUUGGAAUCUGCUAGUCACUGCACUGUAACAAUGAACUAGUUCGCUCAGAGAUGAGUAUGACACUAAGUUACAGAAACCGAGUAUAUGUCUUUGAUACUUAGAAAUAACAGUUCAGCAAAUGUGAAUGUUUGCCUUAUGCUUUCUUUGUAAAGAAAAAUAAGAUAUUUAUUUCAUGAAAUUGUCUCAAAGUAUACUAACCACAAGAGGUGACUUAUUUUAUGCUUAUUGCAUUGUCAGCGAGAAAACAUUAAUAAGCUACAUGGUAGGAAAUGAUGGAGUAGCAUUGCUUACGGUACCACAGAUGCCCAUUGCAGGACUUUUUUUUUUAGUUUAUGCAUACAAUUUGCUGCUUCCACUAGCGUGUUCUCAUGCAGAAUUCAUUGAUCAAACAGUAACAAAACAGACUUAAGAAUUUGCUUGUAAAAUAUGUAUUUAUGUAUUAAAAGACUUUGGCAGGUGUUGGCGUAAUACACUGGAGCUCGACGUCUUAAAUUAUAUAAAUUGUCAAGAAUGAAUUAAUGAUGUAAAAAAGUAGCUUCUUGCUUUGUUUAAUGAAAUUGCUGACCGAGUGCUCCUAGCCGUUUUAUAGGUUAUGAAAUGUUGAAUAACCUCACAUGGUUGCAAAUGCCUUUCUACUUUGAGAAUUGCUAUAUUCAGCAGUUCAGGUUUUCCCACCUUUUUAGCUUACAGCUAUAAUACGUGGUUGCAUGUUUAAAGCUCAAGAAUAAAAUGGGGAAUAGCAUUUAUAACCAGAGAGUUUAAUUUCUGUUAUUACACUCACCUUCUUUUGAAAGUGUUGCAUGCAUUUUCGGGUUAGUAUAUAGUUUCACACAAGGAUUGUAGAUCAGACUCCCAUUAUUCAUACUGACAAAAAGUAUUCUCCACCCAGUUCCAGUUCAAAAUAAAUUUCUGGUAUUUGCAUUGAA